AUGCAAUUAUUGGAUGAAACAUGUAACAAUGAUACCUAUUGUCAUCGGGGUACUUGGUACAAUGUCCAUCAAGAAUUUUCAGCUUCCUGCUAUAAUGCCAACAAGCUGCAAAAGUUCCUCACCCCAAAUUACCAACACACUUUGGCUCUGGCAUUUGCUGUAAAGGACAUCAAUGGAAAUUCUGGGAUUUUGUCCAAUGUUAGCCUCGGUUUCCACAUCGCUACCAACUAUCCUGAGGAUUAUACAACUUACCUUUUAGCAAUGGAAUUUCUAUCUACAAAGGAUAAAUUUAUCCCAAAUUACAAAUGUAAUGACCAGAGAAAUGUGGUGGCCAUCAUUGGAGGACCACAGACUAAAACCGGUCUCAAUAUGGCAACCGCUCUGUGCAACUAUAAAUUUCCCCAGAUCACAUUUGGAUCACCACCCUUGACAUAUAAUGACAAUUCAGCACUUUUUGUAAAAUGGAUGUUCCCUGAUGAGAUCCACCAACAUAAAGGAAUUCUGUCCUUACUGUUGUAUUUUGGAUGGAUCUGGGUUGGAAUGAUUUCUCAGUUUGAGGAAGAUAGAGAGAGGUUCAUUCAAAAGAGUCUUUCCAUGUUUUUAGAGAGAGGAAUCUGCUUUGACUUUACAGAAUGUAUUCCCCAAAUGAUGUAUGGUAAUGAAACUGCUGAAAUGGUGGAGGAAGCAGAUAAAUUAUAUAGAAUAAUCAUGGGGAGUACAGUCAUUGCUGUGAUCUUGAAUGGUGACAGUUCAAACAUAGGGACAUUGAGGAUGAUGCUUGCUGGUUUAGAUUCUGAUGAUAUUCCAAAGAAGAGAAAAGCCAAAGUUUGGAUCAUGCCAGCUCAAAUGGAAUUCACUUCUAUUCUAAUGCAAAGACAAUUGCCCAUUGAUUUUCUCCAUGGUGCAAUUUCCUUUGCACUUCAUUCAAAAGAGAUAAUAGGAUUCCAACAAUUUAUGCAGACAAAAAACCCAAUUUUUGAAAAAGACAAUGGUUUUAUUAGGGAUUUCUGGAAAGAUGUAUUUGAAUGCUCAUUUUCUAGUGAUAUUUCAGAUGAGAAUGCUGAAAGAAUCUGCACUAGAGAAGAGAAGCUGGACACUCUUCCUAAUUCUGUCUUUGAGGCCACCAUGGGUGGACUUAGUUACAGCAUCUACAAUGCAGUCUAUGCUGUGGCACAUGCUCUGAGGGCAUUGCAUGCCUCCCAACUCAAAGAUGGUCAAAAAUUUGAUCCGAGGAGGCAGAAGCAUUUCAUUCAAUCAACGUGGCAGACAAUGCCUCUUUCCAUCUGUAAUGAGAAAUGUCCUUCUGGCUCCAGCAAGGUAAAAAUUGAAGGGAGAUUAUCCUGCUGCUAUGACUGUAGACAGUGUCCAGAUGGGAAGAUAGCUGACCAAAUGGACUUAGAUGACUGUUUCCCAUGUCCAGAGGAUCAAUAUCCAAACAAGGGUCAAGAUAAUUGCCUUCAAAAACCUGUAACUUAUUUAACUUUCCAAGAGCUGUUGGGUAUUUCUUUGGUAAUGAUUGCAGUCUCCUUUUCUGUCAUCUCAGCUGCGGUCCUGGGAAUCUUCAUUAAACACCAGGACACUCCCAUUGUCAAAGCCAACAACAGGAACCUCACCUACACACUUCUUAUUGCUCUCCUGUUCUCCUUCCUUUGCACUCUUCUCUUCAUUGGGCAACCCGAUCAAGUAAAAUGUCUCUUGAGACAAACUACAUUUUGCAUCACUUUCUCAAUAGCUCUUUCUUGUAUUUUGGGUAAAACAACCAUAGUAGUUCUUGCUUUCAUGGCCACAAAGCCAGGCUCCAAAAUGAGGAAGUGGGUGGGGAGAAGGAUGGCCAACACUAUUGUCCUAUCUGUCUUCACAGUUCAGUUCACCAUCUGUUUAUUGUGGUUGGCAAUAUCUCCCCCAUUUCCAGAUUCAGACAUGCACUCCAUGGUUGAAGAAAUUGUCCUGGAAUGUAACGAAGGUUCAACCACAAUGUUUUAUACUGUCCUUGGCUUUAUGGGGCUCUUGACUGCUGUCACUUUCACAGUGGCCUUCUUGGCUAGGAAUUUACCCGACAGCUUCAACGAAGCCAAAUUCAUCACCUUCAGCAUGUUGGUCUUUUGCAGUGUCUGGGUGUCAUUUGUUCCCACCUAUUUGAGCACCAAGGGAAAAUAUGUGGUUGCUGUGGAGAUCUUCUCCAUUUUGGCUUCAGCAGCUGGUUUGCUGGGCUGCAUUUUUUCUCCCAAGUGCUAUAUCAUUAUUCUGAGACCUGAUUUGAAUAAGAAGGAGCAAUUAAUAAAAAAAUAA